AUUAAUAAUUUACUUAUAAUUUAUUAAUAAUUUUCAUUAUUAUUACUGUGUGAUAAAUAUAAUCACCAGCAGAAGGAAGGAAACUCUCGAGCUAUAGGUACUGUAUAAGUCCGUAAAUGACAGAGAUUUAGCCUAUUGAAAUGAUAAUUUCUAACGAUUUCAAAUACUACUACAAAAAAGACGAGAAGAGCAGCAAGAGUUAAAAAUACAUUAAAAGGUCAAACGGUGACGUCAUCGUAUAGAUAGAAACUUAUCAAGGUAGGAAACUCAUCAAAGAUAAUGUAAUUUGUCUGUUUGUACGAUAACCGUAUACACGUAGUUCUAUCAGAUAUCAAGUGUGCUACGAUAAACAUUCGACAGCAAUCAGCUUGAUCGGUUCAAUGGCGAAGACCACGGACUCUAUUCGCGAUGUACGCAAGCGUACCACAGAAUCCAAAUCUGAAUUACAAUCAAUCGAAAACAAGCAAAACAAUGACUUUUUAGUUAACUAUCAAAAUCAAUCUUACAAUAUACAAAAGUUUCUUCGGUAUCACCCCGGUGGAACGAAGAUAUUGAGAUACUUUAAAAAUCGAAGCUUAGAGAAGGCGUUCGAAGAAUUUCCCCACUCGCAAGCGGCAUUCCACCUGUUGCAGGAGUUCACGUUGAAUCAAGAAAAAUAUCAAAAAUACGAAAAUCUGAUCGAUUGGGACAAAGCUAUACUUGGACAAGUAGGUUCACUGGGUCAUCAUUAUUGGGAAUGGGUCAAUUUACCAGUGUAUAGGGAUAUUAAACUUUUCAAGUCAAACAUCUUAGAAAGUUUAACAAUUACUCCUUGGUAUCUGAUACCGAUAGUAUGGAUUCCGAUGUCUCUUUACUUCUUUUAUAAAGGAUUGGCACGCAUCGCUGCCAUCAAUACCGAAAGCACCGUGUUUGAACCUUUAACUUCGUUUAUAUUCGGUAUAUUCAUAUGGACUAUGUUAGAAUACGUAGUUCAUCGUGAAGUUUUUCACUUUAAACCACCCGAUAACUCGAAACUAUUUAUUACUUUGCACUUUUUACUACACGGUGUUCAUCACAAGGCGCCAUUUGAUAAAAGAAGAUUAGUAUUUCCUAUUCUACCAGCUUUAUUGGUAGCAAAACUGUUACUAAUGAUUUAUAAUAUGGUGUUUCCGCAAACGAUUAUUUAUUUUAUACUCUCUGGUACAAUGACAGGUAUUGGCAUUAAAAUAUUUAUAUUUAUUGAUUUUAUCAUAAAUAUCAAUGAUGUAUCAAAUGUAAAAAAAAUUUGUCUCAUAGGCUAUAUGAUUUACGACUUAACACAUUAUUAUCUACAUCAUGGCGCGCCGAAAUUUGGAACAUACAUGUACUUAAUGAAAAGGAAUCAUAACUAUCAUCAUUUUUUACAUCAUGAUCUAGGUUUUGGUAUCACCAGUAAACUAUGGGAUUAUAUAUUCAGAACGAAUAUUUGUUUGCGGCAAUUGUUGAAGCCCAUUGAAUGGUAAAUCAAUCCAUCCGUAAUGGUAAAUUAUAUACGAACUAUGUACAUAUAACAAGCAAACAGUACAAAAAGAAGUCAAUUACAAUAUACUAUCGUUCGUUUGAUUAUAUAUAUAUAUAUAUAUAUA